AUGGUCGCAUCUGUAAAUAAGAAGCCAAACCUGAGAAGCGCAUGCGACAGAUGUUACAAGCUCAAAGAACGAUGCGAGCGGGAAACGACGUCGGCCCUCUGUGCACGGUGCAAACGGCUGGGCCUGGCUUGUGCAACCGUACGGCCGGUGGGCCCCGCGGGGAGAGUGACACGCCGAGACCAUGAGACGGAGGACCGUGUCUCGAGAACGGUGUUAACGAGAAAACCCAGAAAGCAGCAGCUGGAAGAACCCAGAGAUCAGCAGCUGGAAGAGGAGCAAUGCACCCAACCCGGCGCCGUCGACACAUACUUAGACGCCAUCCCCGACGUCAGCCGCUACUGCCUCGGCACUACCGACCCGUUCGCGGGGACGGCAAUGUCGGAUUCCCGCGGCGAUCCGUGGCAGGCGUUUCUGGUCUUGGUAGAGAUCAUGGAAUAUCUCGUCUAUCGGCGCAAGCCGGCCGCCCGGCGGAUCCAGGCGCCGGCCUCGGCCUCGGUUGCCGUGGACCGCCGCCUCGGCCUCUGCCUGCCGCUGCUGUCCUACUACCACGACCUCUGCGUCAUCAGCAACUCGCUCCUCUGCGCAACCGACGAGGCCGUCCUGGCCCGCCUGCAUUGGCAGUUGGAUAACGUCAAUGCUGCCGUCGAGUCCUGGCAGCCAGAACACUCGGACCAGCUUGCCGAGCAGUUCGGCGCGGCUGAGCUCGUCGGACUGCUCGUACAGGCCAAAGCCUACCGCCUGGGAGCGCUGCUGGUGGCCCACCGCCUGCGGUUCCCAUUCGGCUGCGGCGAGGACACGCAGGCAGACAUCUGGUCCAAGGAACUCAUGGCAGAGCUGGAGCUGGCGAGGCGCGUCGCCGGCCGGCCGCUACGAUUCGCCGCGCUGCCGUUCCUCGUCGCCGCCGUCGAGGCAACGGGCGACGCCAGCCGCCGCGACGUGCUUUGUCGGGUCGACUGCUACGUCGACCACUACGCGCCGCCCCUGCGCCAGGUGGCCAGGGUCUUCUUCGUCAAGGUGUGGCGCGAGCGGGAUCUGAAUCUCAACAGCCGCUGGCUCGACUCGAUACACAAGCCGUGUCCCGUGUUGGCCGCUGUGGACGCGGCUUGCUUCUAG